GUUAAUAUUUUGCAGCACAGAUAGAUUCCUGCAGUCGCCUCGGAUGACUGAGGCUGCGAUUAAAUAUGCAUGAAUAGGAUCUGUCAGACGGAGCAACAAAGGAGGCACGCGGCGGCAACAGAUUUCUCACAAUGUGUUGUGAAUGAUAUGCAAUGUGUUGAUGUUGUUUUAACCAGCGGAAUUAAACCAUACACACAACCUUCUGUUGAACUUGAACGCGCCUGUUAAACUCAGUUUGCUUGCAGUCCAGCAUUGUCUCAUUAGUGGUGGAGACGGUGUCUUUACUGAGACACAUGGGACACAGGUGAUACAAUAAUAUUAAAAACAGGCAAAUCGGUGUGUUUUAUGGGAUGUUUUACGUUUUGUUUUGAAAGACAAAACAAUAAUAAUUCAUUUUCCACACCGGCUUUGUGGUUCAUGCACUGCACGUGGGCAUGGAGACUUGAUACGCAUUGCAAAGUGUGCACGUGUGCCGCAUCCGUCGCUGCUGCGUACCGCGCUGGGUACGUCGAAGAGCUCUUAUGCAGAGGGUUGCGUAAUACAUGAAUUAAAUAAUUAAAACGGAUCAAAGUGCGGGGCAGAUUAUGCAAUCGGCGAAAAACAAAACACACACACAUAUAGUCUGUGGCUAUAUGAACCCUGCGCUUCGCUGCGGUGCGGAGCGGCCGCUUCCAAUUGGCUGGCGCUGCGCACACUGGGUCUCUAUGCCAGUUAUGAAUGUAGGUCACAUUAGUCCUACGGGGGGUAAUAAAAAAACAAAAAACAAAAUAAACCCUUGCACCACCACAACAAAGAAAGAGGCUGGCGUGCAGAAAGAGAAGACAAGGAUAACAAAUACACCCUUUUUAAAUAUACAGCCAAUUACAUCACCUAAUUGCUUGGGAAACUUUUGUGCCGUUAAUUAGGUUUGAUGGAACCCUGUCCCCUGUCAUGGUGCAGAGCGCGUGGGGGGCAGUUUGUGGCCCUCCUGACUUUCCCUGUGCUUCCUGGCACAUGUCAGACGAUCAAACUGUGAGGGCCGCGCUUUGUUUUUGUGCUGCGGUUUUGGGGCCAGCGCAGAGAAUUACAGCGUUUAGUAGGCCAAGGGAGCACAUGGGACUGCUGCAACACAUGGAGGCCACUCAUCUCUUCUUUUAUUUAUUUAGUCUCUCUCCCCCUUUUGGAGAGGGUGAUAUGGAACAAGGAUAGGCUGGAUGGGACUCCGCCUUGCUGGCGUGCUGCCUGAUUUCCUAACCUCACCCCCCUCUCCCCUUGUCGUCUUUCUUUUUCUUGGAAAGAUAAAUUCAGCCCUUCAGACUUGGAAUUAAAGCAGACCCCACCCACGACCCCCAAACCCUGCACCACGUGCCAUACAUUGCGUUAUUCCCAUGAGGGGAGGGGAGAAGAAUCCCUAUUUAUUUUAGACCUGCUCCCAUUUCCUGAAACGCUCCACACAAACACGUGCCAGAGGGGGGGGUGUUAGAACUCCAUCCACCGUUUCCAGAGCUCAUCGCUACAUUUAGACUCUUGCGGCGCGGUGCCCAUGCGGUUUGUGGUUCUGCGAGCGAGUCCUUUUUUACUGCGCUAUCAUUCCACAAAUGCCACAGAGACCGACCGAUGACACGUGAAGAACCAUGAUGGAUCGGAAAGAGUAUCUAGGUCACGGAGCACCGAGCUGAGGAGCGGCUGCUGCAAUGCACUCCUUUCAUCUAGCAGUCAACCGAAGAGAGACAGACGGACGGAGCAAGAACGAAGCUCCCCAAGAGACUGACACUCCGAGGUAGACGGGCUGACCUACAUCCUACCGUUUACGUGGAGAUCUAGGACACUUCUCCGCCAGCCUAGCUUUGACAACCAACAGCGGGAAAGCAAGAGGAAAAAAAAAGAAAUUUGUGCUUUUCUAAGACUGAUCUGAUCCACUUAGGAUCUGUGAAGAGUCUGGACACUGAAGCACCAAACCCCUUCAAGUGAAUAAAUGAGGGUUACUAAUGCUGAGCUACGUCUUUUUUGCUACUUUGGACACUUGAGUCCCCUCCUGUCACGACUGCACUGAAACUGCAAUAAGCAGAACAAGAACUUUGCGAGAGAACCUUCAAGGUUGUUUUUGGCACCCCUCCCCAUUGACCUCUGACCUGGUACUUUCCUCAAAAAAACACCAUUUCAAACUGGCUGCAAAAUGGAAAAUCUGACGUCAGCUCUUAAAACAUUAAACAAAAACUCUGAGAAUAAUAACUGUGAGACCUUCAGCAGUUAUGAGGAGUCUCUUCCUUCGGCCGAAGGGAGUCCGACUCGCAUGGGCCGCCUCGGCAAGUCCAAACCCAGCAUGAGCUGCAGGCGAAAGCGCGAGUUUAUUUCGGAUGAGAAGAAGGACGCCUGCUAUUGGGAGAAACGCCGCAAAAACAACGAGGCCGCCAAGCGCUCCCGGGAGAAGCGACGUCUCAAUGAUAUGGUCUUGGAGAACCGUGUCAUGGCCCUGAACGAUGAGAACGUGAGGCUCAAGACCGAGCUGCUCCAGCUGAAGCUGCGCUUUGGCCUCAUAAGCACCGCCUCCUACAUUGAAAAGAGUCAGCAGCUGGGCGGAAGCAGCAACACGGCAAAUGGAGGCUCCUCCUCGUCCUCCUCCUCGACCCAGUACUACUCCAGCGGUUACUCCAGCGGUUCUCAGGUGAUGAUGAACUCCGAUUCCUCAGAAACUGAGCAGUCUGGACGCAGCGAGGGCCACAGGGAGAUGGUGAAAUACUCCCCAUGUGGCUCCCUCUCCGACAUGUCCGACGGUUCCUCCAGGGACACCCCUGAGCCGCUUCCUUUCGAGAUCAAACAGGAGGGCGAUAGGCUGGAGAUGGACAUCGCCAAUGGCGGCACCACCACCGAGAUCAUGUUCAAUAUCCAACGUGGUCUGGCCUCGGUGCCCACUCACCACCAGAUCCAGCAGCAUUCUCAGGAUCUGGAGGCCGCAUAUCACGGCCAACAGCAGCACCACCACCAUCAACAACAACAACAACCCCAUCAGGAGCCUGCGACUGCUAUCAACACCGUCAGCCAGCCUGCCCCCCACCCACCCGCUGCCCAGAGGAGCGUCAUUCUGUAUGGCUCCAGCAGCGCCUCCUAUCCUGUGGACGCCCUGACGAGGCACCAGGACAUCGAUGUGCCGGCAGGCCAGAAGCAGAGCGGCGGCAGCAGCCAGACCUGUGCCAGUCGGCUGCCCCAGUAUAUUACAGAGAGCUCCACAGAGACACUGGCUGAGGUGACGAAGCAGCUGGAGAGGAAGACAUUAGACUCCCCUCCAUAUGAGCUCUCAGACAGCCGUGACGAGGCUGGAGAGAGACAGGGGUACAGAGUUUGCCAACCUUCCCAGCAGCACCUGCAGCAGGAGCAGCACCAGCAGGAGAGAGACUCGUCUGCAGAGAUCCUCCACAAACAAGUGGAGGGGGUCAACCACUCCUACCUGUACCACCCUCAUCAGCAGCCCCAUCAUUCAUACCUCAGUGCCCAAGACGAGGAGCCACCUGUGCUCACCUACGAGGGCGGGCACGGGGGCGAGGUUUACUACCGAGGCCAAUCAAAUACCAAGGACACGUCAUCCAGCGAUGGAGAUCACCACAGCUCUGAUAAAGACGCGUCCACGGACGAUGAGGAGUCCCCCUCCUCGUCUUGCUCAGAUUUGGGCAGCUACCACAGCCAGCAUCUUACCAGCCUCCACCAUCCUGCCUCGACUCUGCCCUCCUCCCAGGGCUGCUCUCAGGCCCAGGGCCGGGAUCCCCAGGGGGAGGUGAAGGGCACAGCGUUGCCCCACAAACUCAGACUCAAACACCGGGCCAUGAGCACCGGGAGCAGCGGGGGCAACUGCUCCGGCCAGGAAUCCCCGACGACCCCUCCGUCUGCCACGCCGCCUCCCCUGCCCCAGCACCCCUACUUGUCACUCACGCCGCAGCAGAACGUUAUGCGAGAGAGCCCCGCUGGAGGGGAGAGGGGCAGGGCGGAGAGCGGGAAAAAGGAGACGGAAGGACGACGAAACAAGAGGCGAGAUUAGGUGAAAGACAAUGUCUCCUCCAACUACCCUGAACUACCCUGCCAUCAUGCCUUUACCCUAUAA